GCAUGGGUGGUCCUUAUUUUGCCCUACGUUUUAAAUUUUUGUUUUUAUUUUUUAUAUACUUGAAUUAAAAUUUUUAAAAAUUUAUAACUUUUAAAACACUUUAUUUUCAAAAUAAAGUGAAUUUUUGUUUGAUGCUAUAGAAUUGGAUUUUUGUAUAAACUUAAUAAUUUUUUUUGAAAUUGGCUUUAUUUUUUUGUUUUGGCUCAAACGGGGAAGUGUCUGUCCUUGAUUAAAUUUUUUUUUUUAAAUUAUGACGAGCCGAACUUCUUGCAUUCUUUUUAUGUUUUUAUUUUGGUUAGAUUUAAAUGUUGCAUUAAGUAUCAAUCCGUCUUCUCAACUUACUCAAACAGACCAACAGUUAGAGCCGAUAAAUGGAACUAUUAAUUUUAGGAUGUAUGGGAAAAAAGGUAAAGAUUUAGAUAAACCAUGGUAUGAUGGCAGAGGUGAUAUAAGGCAUAUACAAUGUGUUAGACCAGGACGUUGUGAAACUUUAAAUAUAACAACAUGCUUUGGUGCAAAAAUUUCUUAUCCACAAACAAGUUUGGCUUUAACUGAUGCAUUUAAUCAAGAGCAGAUUAAAGAAAAACUUUUUAAUUAUCAAGCGUUACAAUAUUUUCCGAAAUGCUGGGCGCAUAUUCAGCCUUUUCUUUGUGCUGUGUUUGUACCAAAAUGUGAAAAAAUUAAAGACGAGGAUUAUGUUUAUCUACCUUCAUUAGAAAUGUGCAAAGUUACUCUUGAGCCUUGUAGAAUACUCUACAAUACAUCAUAUUUUCCAGAAUUUUUAAAAUGUAAUGAAACCCUUUUUCCUUCAAAAUGCAACAACGAUGCACGUGAAAUGAAAUUUAAUGUUACUGGUAAUUGUUUAAAACCACUUGUACCGACUGAAUCAUCAACAAGUCACUUUCACGGUAUUGAAGGAUGCGGAAUUCAAUGUAAAGAUCCUUUAUACACAGAAGAUGAACAUAGGCAAAUUCAUAAAUUAAUCGCAUGGGGUGCCUCAAUUUGUUUGCUGUGCAAUCUAUUUGUAAUAAUUACAUUUGUAAUAGAUUGGCAAAAUGCAAAUAAAUACCCAGCUUUGAUUGUAUUUUACAUUAAUUUAUGUUUUGCUAUAGCUUCACUCGGGUGGCUAAUUCAAUUUACACCAGGAAGUCGAGACGAUAUUGUUUGCAAAAAAGAUGGAACUCUUCGUCAUUCAGAGCCAAGUGCAGGAGAAAAUUUAUCCUGUAUUGUAGUGUUUGUUUUAGUGUAUUAUUUUUUAACGUCUGCAAUGGUUUGGUUUGUUUUUCUUACGUAUGCUUGGCAUUUAAGAUCUAUAGGGAAUAAUCAAGAUCGUAUUGAUAAAAAGGGAUCAUACUUCCAUCUGGUUGCUUGGUCUUUGCCUUUAGUGCUUACAAUUACCAUUUUAGCUUUAAGUGAAGUUGAUGGUAAUAGUACUGUUGGAAUUUGCUUCCUUGGUUACAAAAAUCAUCAAAUUAGAGCUGGUCUUUUAUUGGGACCAUUGUGUGGAAUCUUAUUGAUUGGAGGAUAUUUUAUAGCCCGUGGUAUGGUGGAAUUGUUUGCUUUGAAAAGUUACGCAACCGAUAUCAAAUCGACUUCUGCAAGCAAUAAAAUUCAUUUGAUUAUCGUUCGAAUGGGAAUGUGCGCAAUGUUAGUGUUUGUUUUCAUUUGUGUGACUAUUGCAUGUCACAUCAAUGAAUUUAAAAACUCUCAAUCAUGGAUGGAAAGUUUUCGCAUUUUUAUUAUAUGUAAAAUUUCAUCUACUUUUACUGAUGAACAUAAAACAUGCAAGAUGCACAGUCGUCCAAGUGUAGCAAUUUUACAACUUCACUUAUUGUGUCUUUUUGGGUCUGGUAUUGUUAUGUCAUCUUGGUGUUGGACAAAAUCUUCAAUCGAAACAUGGAAAAGAUACAUUGCAAAGAAAUUUGGUCGUGAAGGAAGCGACGACGUUAAAAUGCCGAAACAUAAAGUUAUUGCCCAAACUUGGGCGAAAAGAAAAGAAUUUGAAGAUAAAGGCAGAUUAUCAAUAACUUUAAAUAAUACUCGCACAGAUCCAGUUGGCUUAAACUUUGAUGUAAAUGAUUUAAAUUCAUCUGCCACUAAUGAAAUUAGCUCUACUUGGGUCAAUUACCUACCUCAAUUCGUUACCAGAAGAUUUGCUCUUACGGGCGCCCCUGUAACUAACUCAUCUAGUCACGGUGCUCCACGUAAAAGUUCUUUAGAUUCGGAAAUAAGUUUCAGUGUUCGCCAUGUAUCUGUUGAGUCCAGAAGAAAUUCGGUCGAUUCUCAGGUUUCUGUAAAAAUAGCAGAGAUGAAAACAAAAGUCGCAAGUCGUUCGAGAACAGGAAGUCAUGGAAGCAAGAAAUCAAAAACUAGAAAUUGUAGGCGGGAUUUUUUUACUACUGGAGGUAUGCCUGGUGGUAAAAAGUUUAGUAGUAGAAAAGAAAGUAGCACAUCUAUAGAAAGCCAAAUAAUUGCAAUGAAAAAAACCACAGGUUUGUUCAAAAAUAAAAACGUAAAACGACGGGACAAUGCAGUUCUUGAUCCUAAUGAUAUAAAUAAUUUUUUGGCAAAGAAUGGUAGAUUUAUUAUACCAUUUCUACAAAAUCAGGGAAUGACAACAACUUCAGACGAAGAGUCAAAAGCGUCCGUUAAAAUUCAAGAUUCGCGUUUAGAUGUUGUAAUGCGCCAAAACCAAAGUGAUGUCGAUGAUUUAGAUGAUUCUAUAUAUAAAUCAAAACAUGCGGAAAAUUACGUCGAAGACGAUGUAGAUAGCAAAUCGUUAAAAGCUAUUAUUAAACGUUCGACUUCGUUUAACAAUAAAGAUCAUUGUUACGAGUCUCCGAGUCGCAAUAGUAAAUGUAGUAAUAAAAGCCGGAAUAGUGCCCGAAAAUCCAAUAAUCAUAGUCUUAGAAGGAAUCGUAAGAACAUAAAGAUAGCACCUUUAAAUAAAAAAGAUGGUUCAGAUAUAAUAUCAAACGGCAAUUUAAAUGGAUCAAUUAGUUCCAUUUCUUCUGAGUUAGAUUUACCAAUUUUACAUAGUUCUUAUUCAGGAAAAUCAAUUACGGCUGUUGAUCGAAAUUUAAAACCUAAUUCUCGUAACAGUUGUGAUGUUGGCAUACAAACUAAUGCACGUGAAAUUGCUACUCAAACCUUAGAUUCAUAUGAAAUGAAGGAGAGUAAAAGGUGUACCAAGAAUAAUAAUAAUUGUUCAAAUCGUAGAAAAAGCGGUAACAACAAUAGCAGAAGUAAUUUGUCCGAAAAUGAUAGUGAAGGUGAAAUAGGAGAAAGGCAUAAACUGUUAUCUAAUGCUAAAAUUCAUCCGACGAUUGUAGGAAUGAGUGAAUCAGAAAAAUUAAAAAUGCUGCUGCUUCCCUCAAAAUAAAUAAUUAUAAAUAUAAGAAAUUCUAGAAAUCUCAAUAAGUUAAUCACAAUAUAAAAAGUAAAUUUUAUGGACAUUUAAGACUGAAAAUAUACUCUCUUGGCUCUGCUGAUUUCACAAAAUGACAACGAUAGUUAACGUUUUCAAUAACAUAAAGUUAAGUCAAUUUUUAAUUCAAAAAAUUGCAGAAAAAUGUAUUUACUAUUUUAAGAUUUAUAUAUGUAAGUCAUAUAACACAAUAAUUUUUUUUUUAAUUUUGUAUUUUAUAUCUGCUUUUUAAACUUUCUGAUUAUAAGAGAUUGUGUAGGCAUA